GCGGGCAGCGCACCCCCCCCCCCCCAAAAAGGCCAUCCGUUGGGUUGGUUGGCUGCAAGUCUGCAGGUUGGAAAACGACGGGUGUUGACCUGCAAGUUGUGCGUACCUUGGUUUGUCCACCAGAAAAGCCAGAGCAGAGCAGGUGAAGGGGUCUUCAGUUGGCUGUUGGCGGCUCCAGAUGACCAAGGCCUUAUAGCCAGCGGCGUUGUGGGUGUGUUGCCACUGGCCCACUGGGUGGGUUGGACAAUCAUAUGGGUGGUCGGACGGGGCUUGGUUUCAAAGUUCAGGCGCGAGCUAACCCAGGCUAAGCAAGCCUCUUGUCAAACCCCGGUGGAUCCCAACCCACCGCAAUCCACUCCAGCGCACAUCCACUACACACCCACCCAAGACAUGCAACAACAUCCAGCAAAAGAUCCUCUCCACCACGUUGUCAAUCAUCACGUUCUCUCUGCUCCUGUUUCCCUCUCUCUAUCCGUCUCUCCGACUGUGGUUCUCUAACUCUGACUCUCUCUGACUCUAUCUGCGGUCACUAUUCCUCAACUUCUGCAUUCCCCACCGCAUCUUUCUCCUCUUAACACCGGCUGCCAUAGCCACCCUCGAUCCCUUCUAUUGAUUGCCCUUUGCCCGUUAGAUUUCCAGUUGAUCCGUUUUCCACCUAGCAUCGACCUCGUCUCUCCGUUGAAUACCGCUAUUAUUGCGUUUCACCCUCGUAGAUCCUUCGGCUUUAGCCUCGUUGGGAGCCUUCAUAUUUCCCAAUAUCGCGUUUAACCAGACUCUCCGUCCCUCUCUCUCCUCCACCGCCCUCGCUCUAUAUAUAUGUCUCUGUAGUUUUUCGAGGGCCCUAGAAAUAUAAUUUCUUCCGCCUCGCUGGGUAUUAUCUGUUUUCUCCAGGACGCCUGUAACCUGGAUUCCUACACUUAAACUACAACUCUUCUCUGCGUCCACUUCCGCUCUUACAUAUCCUCCGAACAUCGCUCCGAAUUCGAAUUAUCCAGACAUCUGUCGAAAAUUUACUCCAGACCCCAACCAGCGCUUCCGGCUUGCUCGUAUACCAGUUGAAGUGGGUUUUACGGUUCGCCGGAUCCGAGACUAUAGUCCUUCAGUCGCUCGCUGCUGGUUUGGCGUGUUUUGCACUACGCAGCAGGCCGGGCAAUCAAUCAAUAUAUCUAUUCCAAUAGACAGCCUCAUCACACAACUAUAGCCGAAAACUUUUUGGACAAUAUUUUGGAACCAGCCGCUACCGUGGAAGCUACCCGUCGUUCGUUGUGCUUUCCAUGGCAUGAUGCGGUGUCUGAAACGAUCAAAAGAACGGUUUUGUCGAUAAAGAGUUGGGCAGGCUCCCUGUUGUCCGUUGCUCUUGUCGAUCGUUUCUUCCUUUUCCUCUACCCUUCGAGAGAGUGUUCCCCCUUCUUCCACAGACAAGAGCCAUGUUACCGUCUGUGGCACAGCAGUCACACCACUUCCUACAUCACCAUCUGGACCAUCAGCCGCCUUUCGACCCAUUAGAUCCUCUCUAUGAUCUGGCCGGCAACUCCUUGCGAUCGGCUUUCCGCCAGGGUCAGCAGUAUGGAUACCCAGACCAGCAGCAGCAUUCGGUGAUGCUACGUCAGCGGGUCCAAUACCAGCGACCCAUCCAGCGACCAAAUGGUCAAGAUUUGACGACCGCGUCUUUGGUUCAAAAUGGAAACACUGUAGAGAACACGCUGAGGCGGAAAACGCCCAACGGAACGCUGGCGGCUGGAUACGACGGCACACUUGGUGAUCUAUCUAUUCAGCGUCCAGCGUUAAAGCAUAUUUUGGUUUCAUCAUUGGAUAAUGGCCAGCCUAUAUCACCACACUCCGCUCUUCCAACUGAGUCAUGGCAAUACAAAAGCCUCGAACCGCCUCCGGCGUCCCAAUUUCAGAAUUUCCCGCCAACCUACAAGUACGAGGGAACCAGAUCCACCGGCCUUCCGAGUGGUAUGUCCCAAAACACCAAUGGCACAAGUUGGAUUCGGUCCUUGCACUGUCCGCCUGGCAUCGAUUCAAUGCUAAAUCAAACAGCAUCGCUGCUUCCGUCACAGAGGUACUAUAUGCAAAAUGGCCCUCCCAUCCCGACGGUAUUGGCUUCUUCGUUGCAGUCUAAUCUUGGCCCAACCGCCUCCGGGGGGGCUGGUCCUUAUGGACCCUAUUGGCCUGAUGGUGCCUACAUCCCGUAUCGACCUGCUGCGUCUCGCGAUGCACGAUACCAAUCGACACCCGCAUUUGGCCCUGUUCAAGAUAACUCCGCAGCUUUUGCGUCCCUGCAACAACCCUUUAAUAGACAGUCCCUCCCUUCCACGGACCUAAUUACUCUAGGAUUUUCCUGGAACCCCUUACCAGCCCAACCAACCCAACAAAAUCUGCAUCAGUUGUAUAAUUCGGACCCAGUCGUCCAGGAGUCGUUUCCUCGCCAUUCGCAACAAAACCAACUAGAUACGUUUUGGGAGCAAAAUAACGCUCCUUACCACACUAGAUCGGCGCAAAAUGCACGACACGAUACGCUGCAGCAAAGGCAACCCCAAUUAGAUAACUUCAACUGGCAAGCUCUACCGCAACAGAAUGCGUUUCAACGGUCAACGGCGGACGUUAGCUCAAGACCAAGGAAUACUGAGUUUAAAGAAAAGAUUCUCUCCUGGGCACAUAGUGUAUAUGUUGACCUACUUACUUCACUUCACCAUACUAGAAGGAAAAAUGCCGCUCUAGGGAUCCAAGACAAUAAUGGCCGUUCCAAACCGAAUAUAUACCCCAAACCCCCAAGACAACCGGCUUCUGACUUCAGCUCACAGUCUGGUAAUGCGGAUGCUACUUUUCCAAAUCAACAGUUCCUUCGAACCCAUUCUCGGCCACUGGACUUGAUGACACAAAAUCAGAUGGAUGGCAAACAAUUUCCUUUGCGCAAUUCUACGGUGCCCGGGAACAAUCUCAUGCGGAACUACCACGACAAACGCGUUAAUUUCGGUCAGCAUUCGAAUCACCGGUUAGCGGAUGCUAAUGGAUUUGAUAACCUUCGGCCGAUAUGUCGCUCUUCCGGUGCUAAUGUGUACAGUGAGGCUUCGGUGAUGGAGAAUGCUGCGUCUGCCCUGGAAAUCCUCUCUAGCCUUUGCCUCGAAAGUGGAUGGGAAUGGAUUGAUGGAAUGCUUGUUGGUGGAUGUCUCGCUUACGGCCUUGGGGAUUAUGAUAAAGCCCUUAGGUGGUAUACUCGAAUACUUAAUAAGGAUGCUUCGCACGUUGAGGCGAUAUCAAAUCUUGCGGCGACACUUUUCGCUCUUGAUCGUCGUGAGGAGGCGCUCAACCAUUGGCUACGGGCUGUCAAGCUGCGUCCAAGUUAUUUCGAAGCUGUAGAACACCUCAUUGGUCUCCUCUGCAGUAGUCAACGGGGUAAAGAAGCAGUUAAUAUCAUUGAAUACGUUGAAACAGCUCUGCGGGUCACGGCGAAUGGAGAAUGCUUCAAGAUGGACGGUCUUAUCAGCGAAACAGACAGUGAAACGGAGAGCAGAGAGUCGAGCGUUUCAACUACAGAGUCCAUCGACAAAGCAGCAUUUGAUUAUGAAGCGGAACCUGAUAGUCCUCCUAGCUUCGGUGCUGGUACAAACAAAAAUGCGGCCCCCGGUUUUGGAUCAAGCGGAUAUGCUAUACCUGGCUGCGAUAAUGGAAGAAUACUUGCUCUAAUACACGCAAAGGGUAAUAUGCUCUAUGCCUUGGGUGAUAAUAGCGGGGCAGCGUCCGCCUUCGAAGAUGCCAUUCUCAUCGGAGCAGGGAGACGGCGGCGUGGAAUUCGAAGUCUUAUCAGCCUGAUACUGUCGGCUUUUGAGGAGGACAAUCGUCAUAAUUUCCCCGCACCCUCGCAGCGGCGCGACUCUACCAACGCACUGCUUCUUUACCCUGAUAAGGCACUGCAAACAGCGACACUCGUUUUCCCUCCCCAAGGGAACCUCCCUGGAUUCCAGCACAUCCCCGACGGGAUUGCCAAAAAGGCAGCUAUUUCUACUACCAGCAACUCGUUGCUCUCUUUGGCCAAAAUCUAUCAAGAUGGAAUGUCUUCCAGUUCAAGUCUUGGAGGCUCAAAAACCUCUACGGGAGUCCGUGAUAUUCUUGCUCUUUAUUACCUUUCUCUAUCACUCCAGCCCAGCCCAUCCACGGCCAACAACGUCGGAAUUUUGCUCGCGAGCAUCCAGCAGAUUGGACCACCUAAUCCGUCCCAUGCAUCUGGCGAAAACCAGCUGCCGGAUAUCCCUGGAGUUGUUCCAGGGAGCGGAAUUGCUCUUGCCCUGGCUUAUUAUAACUACGGGCUGAACCUUGACUCGAAACAUGCUCAUCUCUAUACGAACCUUGGCAGUCUUUUGAAGGACAUUGGACAACUCCCAGCCGCAAUCAAAAUGUAUGAACAGGCCGUGCAAUGCGACAGUAAAUUCGACAUUGCGUUGGCCAAUUUAGCCAAUGCUGUUAAAGAUUCAGGGCGGAUUAACGAUGCGAUUGGUUACUAUAAAAGGGCCGUUGCUGCUAAUCCUGAGUUUGCAGAGGCAGUUUGUGGUCUUGCAAACGCAUUGAACUCGGUUUGCAAUUGGAGUGGCAGAGGUGGGAUAGCAACUGGCAAUGGUGCCCGCGACCGAUGGCAUGUCGAUGACAAGGGGAUGCUUCGGGAUGCGAAGGAAAUGGGAGUUGAUUCCGGCUGGAUUAAACGUGUUGUUGAAAUCGUGGAUAAGCAGCUCAAGGAUGGGGAAACAUGGGGAAGUGGUGUGCUAGCUUCCAUGCCGCGGGACCAGUUCGGGCUUAGUUUAGCUCUCGUUGGCAAAGACUCGGUUUUGAGCCAUUACAAUGCUUCUUUGAACGCUCUUCUGAGAAACUGGGCGGGAAAGAAAUGGGAAGGCUCGAGAAUUGUGAGACUCGUCGAACGAGCGAUAAAGUGGAUCGGUUGGCGUUGGUAUCAGGAUCGAUACGUUCAUGGCAAAGAGUAUCCCCCCUCGAAAUACUCCCGGCCGCAACUCCCAGCUAGUUUAGCCGCUCCCAACGCCCCGACCGUUUUACCGUUCCACACUUUUACAUGCCCCCUUUCAGCAAGGCAAAUCCGUCACAUUUCGCAACGCAAUGGUCUGCGAAUAUCGUGCUCGACACUUCGAUCUCCUUGGCUGCCUGGAACGGUGUUCCGCCCUCCCCCACCACCUAACCCCCAUUUAAACGUCGGGUAUGUUUCAUCAGAUUUCAACAAUCAUCCGCUUGCGCACUUGAUGCAGUCUGUUUUCGGCCUCCAUAACCCUUCUCGAGUCAAGGCGUUUUGCUAUGCAACAACAGCCAGUGACAACUCCGUGCAUCGAAAACAGAUAGAACGUGAAGCCCCUGUUUUCCGUGAUGUCAGCAGCUGGCCUGUGGAUCGACUAGUGGAACAAAUCGUCAAUGACGAGAUACACAUUUUGAUAAACCUAAAUGGUUAUACCCGUGGAGCAAGGAAUGAGGUUUUCGCCGCCAGGCCGGCACCAAUACACAUGUCAUUUAUGGGAUUCGCGGGUACACUAGGCGCUGAAUGGUGCGACUAUAUCCUUGCGGACCAGAUUUCAAUUCCUCCUGAAACCCUCGCUCCAAGGAAACGCAUUACUCGGGUCGAAGAUCGGUUGGUAGAGGAGGAUCAUGGCGAAGACCUCGAAGAUUGGAUCUAUGGAGAGAGGAUCGUUUUUACCCGUCAUACAUUUUUCUGCUGUGACCAUCGCCAGAGUGCUCCAGAUUCGCAGGACAGGCGGUUGACCUGGGAAGAGGAGCAAAGUAACAGGUGGAAAAUGCGCAAAGAGAUGUUCCCCGAUCUCCGUGAUGAUGCCAUAAUCCUUGGUAACUUUAAUCAACUUUAUAAGAUCGAGCCAACCACGUUUCGUACCUGGCUACGUAUUCUUGCCCACAUCCCGAACGCAAUUCUCUGGCUUCUUCGGUUUCCAGAACUUGGAGAACACAAUCUCAAACAGACAGCUGUUGCCUGGGCCGGCGAGGCCACGGCCUCCCGCAUCGUUUUCACCGAUGUCGCUCCCAAACAUGCACAUAUUUCUCGUGCUCGCAUUUGUGAUUUGUUCCUUGAUACCCCUGAAUGCAACGCCCACACAACUGCGGCCGACGUCCUCUGGAGUGGUACCCCACUUCUCACCCUCCCCAGAUAUAAAUAUAAAAUGUGCUCCCGCAUGGCUUCCAGCAUCCUCACCAGCGCCCUCCCGCAGACUGAAGCUGGUCGCCAAGCUGCUCAUGAGCUCAUUGCAUCUUCAGAUGAGGAGUAUGAAAAACGUGCUAUAAGUCUUGGCCUGGAUCUGAGAUAUGAACUGGGUGGCCAUGGUCGUGCUAGGGGGAGACUGGUUGAAUUGAGAAAAAUGCUUUUCCUGAAUCGAUGGGAAAGUAAACUCUUCGAUACCAAACGAUGGGUGAAUGAUCUGGAAGAUGCGUAUGAUGCGGUGUGGAGGAAGUGGGUAAGAGGGGAAGAAGGCGAUGUGUGGCUGUAGUAUUGCGGGGCCUUUUAGGACUGGCUAUCAGCGCGGAAUUUCGUUACUCUCCAGCCCUGAUCGUUACGCACGGAUGCUCAUUUCGCUAUUUAUAGGAUCACCAUCGCUUGGCCUUCGAAUCAUCCAACGUUUCUCCACACCCCUUACUUCUCCAUCUGGAUCAUAAGUGCGUUUCAUUACACCUUUAUUAAAUCUACCUUGUGAUAUUUCAUGUUUUAUUCCCUUUGUUAUCGUCGCCACACUUAUUUAUCGCCACCCUCCUACCUCCUGAAACAACGGGGCUUUGUUUUAUGCUAAAACAGUUUUUGUCGUUUUUCCCUUUUGUUGUACGACUUCUGGAAGAAGCGUAUCUUGUCUGCCAACGGCGUUAUCUAUUUAAUCCUCUAUGUAUGGCACUUUGGGGCACAAACAGGAUAUAUAGCAUGUAUUGGACAUGGGACUUUUAAGAGCUGGGAUGGCAUUUUGUCGGGGAAAACAUGACUGGAAAUGGCAAGCAGGGUGGGCAAUAUUCUCUGAGCGCAAUAAGUUUUUUAUCAAAUUAUUUUUGCCUUGGAGAGUUGACUCCAUCCCUGCUCGGCCCGUUUACUUUGUUUUGGUUUGAUUUAACUAACUCUUUAGUUAUCCUUACUAUUUUUAUAGUUUUUCGAUUUUUUUGGGCCCUCUUAUUCAUGUAUUCUCUCCAACUACACCCUUCUUGGGAUAGAGAUCCUGUUUUUUGUAUAUUGAAUUCUCGUCCUGGCUCUGCUUUUGCUUCUGCUCUAUACCUGACCCCAAUUUAACGGGUGUUACUAUUUUGGGCGAUUCUCUGUUAUUUUGCCCCCUUCAGUUGGGUUUAAUAUUCCCUUCGGUUAUCCUUAUAACCCUUCUUCCGCCGUCGCCACAACAACAUGGUUCCAACUACAUCAAAUCAUGACUGUCAGUUCCAGAGACUCUGGGAAAAAUAAGAAACAUCAUCGUGUCACAUCUGUUUUGUUUCCUGGCAGGUAGGAUAAGGUACUUAGCCACCUGAACUGUCCAACCAAAAAGGAAAAAAGGGAGGGGGUUAUCAGUUAGCUGCCAGCUUGUGGCUAUCAUUCUAAUUAUUUUUGUGAUGAUACUGAUGAGUGAUGAUGAAUGAUGAAUGCCUAUUUGAAUAUUGCUGCGAGUUGGGCAUGCUCUUCGCUGUCUGGCUAUUUAGUUACCCUUUGCGGGGCGAGGCGUUUGAUUCUCUUUUUUGAUUUAUAUGGUUAUACUUUUACAAUUUGUGAUUGAUGGGCAUAUGGAUUUGAGCAUAUGGUACCUGGAUUCUAUUUUUUUUAUUUUUUACUUUUUUCCUUUCUGCCUUCUGUUUCUAGCUCUCCUUUUUUCACCCCUUGUUGUACUCCAUGGAACUGGAUCAUAGGCCCCCUUGAGUUCUUUUGUUUUUUUUACCUUUUUAUCUCAGCAUAAUAGAUUACGGAUCGCCAGCUUCGCAAGAUGGGAAAUGGCUAUGUUAGGAAAAGAGGGGGGGAAACCACCCCCCCCCCCCACCCCCCUUCCCCCUCAAUUAAAUAUGGGAAAUUUAAGAUUUAUUUAAGUCCUUGACUGAGUAGAUAGAAGAUGAGUUGGUGGUUGGUGAUCGGGAUGGGAUACUCACUCCUAUUUCCUGGUUCUAUUUUAUUUUUUCUGGAACUUUGUGUAUUCGUACACAGAAAAGUAAAUGCCUGGCGGUCGGAUGGGAUUGCUAAGAUGUCAAUUGUUUGAUUAUUCGAUGGCAAUAUAAGCUAUAUCCACUAUAUAUAUAUAGGUAGAUCAUUGAUUCGUUGUGCAGUGUGUCUCUGAGGCUUUCAAAACUAAUUCGACGAAAUCUCUUCUUAAUAUUUGUAUGUCUAUAUGUCUUCUGAUUUUCUUUGUACACGGCUUUCUCUCUUCUUUCUAAUCAUCCCAGACUUGCGCAGGGUGCGUGGUUCCAGCAUCCUAGUGUUAUCUUAUAUGUAUGUAUAUAUAUAUAUCGAACGAGAGAUGCAUAAAAAUAGAUGUGAGUUUGAACGAAUGUGUCUACAUGUAUGUACCGAUGCAUGUUUUUGUGGAA